CUGAAUGGCUUGAUGACGACAGUGUCUACUUAAGUAGAGCUUGACCCCUCACUUUACAUCACUGUUCAAAGCUAGAAUUACAGUACAACUUCGCGAAUACACAUAAACAACACAAACAACAUGUCAGCUCAAGAUUACUACAGUGGUGGUGGAGGUGGAUACGGCCAGCAGCAACAGCAAGGUGGUGGUUACGGACAACAACAAGGCUAUGGCCAACAACAACAGGGCUAUCCUCAGCAGCAACAAUACUCUCAAGGAUCCAACUACGGCUCCAACCAGCCCAGCUACGACAACCGUGAUCAAUCGUACGGCCAACACCAAGGCGGACAAUACGGCGGCGGACCCAACCAAUACCCCGACGGCGCAGGUGGUCCCGGCGGUCCGGGGGGCCCGGGAGGUCCGGACGGAGAGCGCGGACUGGGUGCUACACUUGCAGGAGGCGGUGCAGCCGGCUGGGCCGCUCACACAGCUGGUAGCGGUCUUCUCGGCAGUCUAGCCAGUGCCGCUGCUGGUGCCAUUGGCGCAAACUUCCUCGAGCACAAGUUCAAGAAGCACAAGAAGGAGAAGAACAGGAAGCAUCACCGCGACGGACGCCCUCGAGCUUUCACCGGCGACUCAACUAGUAGCAGUGACUCCGACUCUGGUGAUGAGCGACGUCGACGAAAGGACGAUGACUUGGCCUAUGGAAAGUCUCAGUAUGACAACUCCUCUCGACAUGGACAUGGAGGCGGUUCUUAUGGAGGCUCUAGCUCAUAUGGCGGAGGCGGCUAUGGUGGCCGAGAUCAGGGCUACGGCGGUGGCCAGAGCUACGGAGGCCAGGGCGGAUAUGGCCAGCAGGGCUACGGUGGUACCCGAUACUAAGUGCCCCGCUAUUGACGCUGGGAAGGGUUGAAGAACAAGACAUGAUCUUUUGUAAUUGAUACGAGCCGGAAGAAUAUUGACGUUUCACGUUAGACAUGAAUACAUAUACCCUGCGACACUCAUCAGUUGAACUUUCUAUGACAAGCCGAAGACUGUACAAUAUCCAAUAAUUUUGCCUGCGCUGAU